UGCAACUGUAGCAGCAACAAGCCAAGCCGGGUGACUAUAAAAGCAGCGGGCAACUGGCAGCCAUCAACAAACGUCGCCUAGCGCCCAACCCAUCAAGACCACCAGCAAUCCAGAUAUCCGCAAUCUCUGCAGCAGCAACAUGAAGUUCUUGUGUGUUUUCUUCAUCCUGGCCAUUGGUUUGGUAGGCACCUGGGCAGCAAUUUCGGAGCCCGCCCCUGAGGCUCUGGAACCGGAGCAGACCUCCGCCGUGGACGAGAAGAAGACGGAGAAACGAGGCAUUUACGGAUUCGGCCACGGGUAUGGCGGCUACGGCGGAUACGGAGGCUACGGACAUGGCCACUACGGCGGCUACGGACUGGGCAGUCCCUACUACGGUGGCUAUGGAUACGUCCACGCUGCGCCCUACUACGGCGGACACCACGGCUACUACCCGUACCACCACGGGCACUACGGCUUCUACUAGGAACCUGUCCACCUAUCCAUGAUCAUAAUGCAUACUGUUUUUUUUUUCGAUCGCUUCAUGCUCAUCACUGCACUAUCAUACGUAUAUAUAUAUUUGUUUUCGUGAAUCAUUUCCCAAAAAUAAAUGUCUUGCAAAUAUAGCUUAAAUAAUGUCUUUGAAUUUUAAG